AAGACAAAGCAGGAGUCAAUUCUGACCCUGCACUGCACAGCAAAAAAAGCGAGAAGCAUGGCACUGCCGUUCCGGAAGGACCUGGAGAAGUACAAGGACCUGGAUGAGGAUGAGUUGCUCGGGAACCUGUCUGAGCUGGAGCUAAAGCAGCUGGAGACGGUUCUGGAUGACCUGGAUCCUGAGAACGCCCUUCUGCCUGCAGGGUUCCGGCAGAAGAACCAGACGGCCAAGGCUGCCACCGGGCCAUUUGACAGAGACCACCUCCUCUCAUACCUGGAGAAGGAGGCGCUGGAGCAUAAGGACAGGGAGGACUACGUGCCCUACACCGGGGAGAAGAAAGGGAAAAUAUUUGUCCCCAAGCAGAAACCUGUGCAGACCUUUACAGAAGAAAAUAUCUCUCUUGACCCAGAGUUAGAAGAGGCUUUGACGAGCGCUUCGGACACAGAGCUGUGUGACCUCGCAGCUAUCCUCGGAAUGCACAACUUGAUAACAAAUACGCAGUUCUGUAACAUUGUGGGAAGUAGUAAUGGUAUUGACCAAGAACAUUUUUCGAAUGUGGUGAAAGGCGAGAAGAUUGUCCCAGUGUUUGAUGAACCACCAAAUCCGACCAAUGUUGAGGAGAGUUUGAAGAGAAUUAGGGAGAACGACGCCCGCCUCGUGGAGGUCAAUCUGAACAAUAUAAAGAACAUCCCAAUUCCAACCCUAAAGGACUUUGCGAAGGCUUUGGAAAGCAACACACAUGUGAAGCACUUCAGCCUUGCAGCCACCCGGAGCAAUGAUCCUGUUGCUGUGGCUUUUGCAGACAUGCUGAAAGUGAACAGGACUCUGAAGAGCUUAAACGUGGAGUCCAACUUCAUGACAGGUGCGGGGGUCCUGGCCCUGAUCGAUGCCCUGAGAGACAACGAGACCCUGGUGGAGCUCAAGGUGGACAAUCAGAGGCAGCAGCUGGGAACAGCUGUAGAAUUAGAAAUGGCCAAGAUGCUUGAGGAAAACACAAAUAUCCUGAAAUUUGGCUAUCAGUUUACACAGCAGGGACCCCGGACCAGGGCAGCGAACGCUAUAACAAAGAACAACGACUUAGUGCGCAAGAGACGAGUUGAAGGGGACCACCAGUGAGUCGGCACGGCGUGAGCUUGGGUAGACCAGGAGGAGGCCACCGAGGGCUGGCCUGGCGCUCUCCUGGGUGGAGCGGGAAAGACUGGAAAUCUUUUUUUUUUUUUUUUUAACAUACCUUU